AUGCAACACAAAGCUGCACAUCUUCGCAGUCAACCCCAUUUAGAAACAGCAACUGAUGAUAAGGUUACAAAAUGCUCUAACAAUGUUAUUGAAGUACCACAUGCAGUCACAGAAGCUAAAGUUAAUGAAGAGCCACAGCACAUUUCUCAUGAAAUUUAUCACCCUAGUGAAGAAUUUGUAAGUGAGUCUACCAAAGAAUUUAAAGUAGAACCAAACGAUCUUGAUAGAAAUUCAUCGGAGCCGCCUGCGAUAAAAGAACUGCAAGAUACUUUAAAAUUGAUAACUGGCGAUGAAUACAAAACGCCAAAUGAAAGUGAAUUGAACCUAACUACUGGACCAAAGCCACAACCGAAGAAACAAGUGGUUAACGACAACCAAGAUCCUAAUGAUAUUUCCGCAGUGUUUGUUACUAAACAAGAGGAAUUUCAUCGAUUGAAGAAGGAGUUGGAUUUGAAACAGCAAGCCAUAUUGGAGAUAUUUAACAAUCUGCAAAAUUUACGGGACCGUAUGAUAAAGGAAGGCAAAUCUGGCGAAGGCGAGGGUUUGAACCAACAGGAGCUGAUGAUCUUCAACGUGGCGGACUGGGCGGCCACGGAAGUUGCACAGUUGGUGCGCAACUGUAACCCCGCUGCAGAAGGAGCGGGCGAAAUUAUCAAAGCAAUUGCGCCUAUUGACGAUGAAUUUUUGUCCGAAUGGGAUAGAAAAGUAUUGAACUUGCCCGGAAAUUUUGCCGACUUAUGUUUACAGGCAUUCACUGCCCGCCAAGAGGUUAUAGAUUGGGUUAAAGAGAUAAUAGCAAACCAGGAGACAAUAAAUGAGGAGGACCUGAGCCGCAUAACAAUCUACAACAAACAAGGGCUCGAACUUUGCGAGCAGCUUGGCGAUCUAAAAACCCAAGCAGAUGCUUCGUUGCAGGGAAUUACCCAACUAUUAAAACGUGCAUGUCAAGAACGUGGACUAUUGAUAACUGUGGGAGAAUCGCUAGUGAAGCAGAUUGCCCAUCUACGGCAAGAUAUUACAGUGAACACAGCCAUAGCGAUGGAGAUUAACACGGCUAAUUCAACUGGAACUGAAUUAGCUAAAGCACUGGAGGAUACUCGUUUCGAGUUAGAAGAGGAACGUGCAUCUAAAUUGAUUCUUAAAGACAAGCUGUCUACCGCGGAGUCGCAGCUGCGUCAGUCGCGGCUACGAGUUAACAAAAUGGACAGACAGCUACGGGAAGCAGAAGCUAGUAUAGCUAGCCUUACAAUGACAGUAAAGUCAUUAGAAGACCAGAGUCGCCAAAAAGAAGUACAGUUAGAGGCGCGUGCGAGGAAGUUGAAAGAAUCUCUGAAGACCGGGGAGAUGACCAACAGUCACGUGAUCCAACAGCGUGACGCAUUGCAGACAGAGUUAAAUGAAAUGAAAGAGCAAUUGCAAAGAAAUGUUUCGGAUAGCCAGAAUACGGUACAGGAAUUGAAUAAUAAAAUGAAAGAACUGAAAUCAACUCUCGAAGAAGAGAGGAGAAGAAAGCAAGAAGAACAGGAGAUGAAGAUAAUGUUCGAAGAUUCUUAUAGGGAAAGUUUGAAUACUAUUGAAGAAUUAAAAAUGCAAAUAGCUGAUCUUGAAAAUAGCAAACCAAACCCAGAUCUUCCAACUGAAAGAGAAAUGGAAUUAAGAGCAGAUCUUAUCGCAACGAAGGACACAUUGCGUGCGACAGAAGAAGAAAUUAUAUCGUGCAAACGUGAAAAAGUCCGCUUCUUGGAAACGCUCACGAAAAUCACUGAAUCUGAUAACAAAAUGGGAAUGCAACAGAAACUGGCGGGCGAGCUCCUAAGCAAGGAAGAACUUAUUAGCAAGAUGCAAUCACAAAUUAGAGAAUUGACGAAAAACAUUAAACUCAAUGAACAAAAAGUUUUGCAAUAUGAGCAAUAUGUAAGAGAUAUGCAAACGUGCGUUCCAGUUUCAUCAGACGGACAAGACACCUCUAAUAGUUCAGCAUAUCAAGAAUUACAGCAAGAGAUAAUGAAUCUUAGAAUGGGUCUCCUAGAAGCAGUGCACAGAAACGAGGAGUUAACAGAAAUGUUGAUUCAAAAAGAACAGCAGUUGGAACAGCAGGAUAAGACGUCACGUGCCCAGGCAAGGGUCAUCAAGGUCCGGGAAGAAUUAAUCAACAUGCUUCAGAAUAAAGAGACUGAACAGAGUCGUGAACUGUCCAUUCUACAGCAAGAUCUUGAACAUCGAAUGAAAAUUGUAGACGAGGUAAACAAACAAAUAGCCGCAAAGGCGGAAGAAAUUCAAGAGUUAUUCUCGACGUUGGAAAGCAAACAGCAACAGAUCCAUCGGUUGGAGAAAAUUGUUUUAGCACUGGAAGAACAACAGAGACGAGCGCAGGCGCAACGUACUCGGCACGAAGAGAAAAUUGCAGCACUCGAACAUGAGAUAGCAGCUGGUGGCAUUCGGAGGGAACGGAAAUUUUUGUUUUUUUAAGAAUCAUCAAGAUUGCGUCGUUGUCCAAAUUGUCCUCGUGGGUGUGAACAUUGACACAAAAUGUAAUUUGAAAUCGUUUUCGUUGUUGGAUUAUUAAAAUAAAAAGUGCACUUUA